UGUGACGUAGCUAUGAAGUGAUUGUCAACUACAUUAAUUGGGUAUAUCGUUGGAUCCUCGGAUGGACUUGGAAUGACUACUACAAGAAACAAGUAAACCGACGAGACCACGACUUAACAUUAUAGAGAUGGCAACCAAUGUACAGACAUCGCUUGGCAAGAUUGAGGACAGCAUUGAGUGCUCAAUUUGCACCCAUCGGUUCAGGGAGCCAAAGUGGCUCAAUUGUUUUCAUACUUUUUGUCUUCAAUGUCUUCAAGAAAUCUGCAAGAACCAGAGGCCACCAAGAAACAACAUUCCUUGUCCACUGUGCAGACAAGAAACCAUCUUGAAUGGAAAUGUUUCUGAUCUGCCAGAUAAUUUAGACAUGAAGAUUCUUGUGAACAAUUUUACACAGCAGGAAAAUGUUUUAAAACAACAAUUUGAGCAAUUACAGGUUUUUUCUACACUAGUUGCCAAAGCCAGAAGAAGUAAGACUGAGUUUGAGCUGUCAGGGGAAAAUAUUGACAAGUCCCUUACGAAACUGGACAAAGUGUUUUUGGACACCAAAGAAAAGAUCAGCAGAAAAGCUACCAAGGAGGUAUCAAGGAUCAGAGAUGAGGAGCAAAAACUGAUAAAGGAGGCAGAAACUAUUCAUAAAAGUAAAGUUGAGUUUUUAAAGAGUUUGCAAACCUCCGACAGAAGAGAAGCAUCACAGACAGCACGCAAACUAGAUGAGGUCAACCACCUUAUGGAAGGAGGAUCCAAUAAUGGCAACAAGGGUCAUGAUUUCAAGAAGAGAAUCUGCAAAGAUCUUGAGAAGGCAAUAACGAAACAUCCACAGUCUGUUCCUGAUGGUUUGACCUUCAUGGAUCUUAAAGAAAAUGAUGUGAUGAUAUCUCUUGGUGAACUAGUGCAGAAUGAUGCUGACCUGAUCUUACUGGACAAGUGGACCAGACAAACAUGUGCCAAGAAUACAACCAGUGUACUAAAAUAUAUAUACAAAGAAGAUCAAUGGAGCCCUCUAAAUCCAGAAGGGAAGAGGGUUUAUGAUCGCGACUUUCUGCUACAGUUUCAAGGAAACUACUAUGAGAGACCUAAAGGACUCCCGUAUGUUCCAGGCAUUACUCUUGAACAGCCCAAUGACAACUUUCUCUCAACGGCUGCCAUGAUGGCACACCGCACACAACAAGUUCGAGUGCCAGCGUUUGGUCUACCGAUGCACAAUCCACCAAAGGCUGUCAUGAUGGUACAGUCCCCCAUACAAGAACCUCGAGUACCAGUGUAUCAGGGUUUGCCUGAUCCAAGGGACUAUUAUUUUCAAAGAUAUGAACAAACUCCAGCGCCUUUCACAUACAACAUUGUUCGAAGAGGCCCGCAUCCUUCUACCUGUAAUGAUUAUGAGAGUGAUUAGCGACAGGUCUUUUUCUGUUUGGUAGAAUCAUUAAAGUUCUGACUCCACGUGGCGGGCGGAUCGUGUUAGUUCACGAUUUAGAAGGAAAACCACUCAUUUUCGAGAGAGAUAUGAGUCAUUAUCUUCUACUGGUAAGCCUAAAGUGCCCAAUACAUGGCAAUGUGUCCUUUUUAAAUACUUACAUUGGGCUAGUUUACAAAUACAUUAUAUUAUAAACAAGCAAGUUUUUAAAUCAUGAAGAAAGUCUCAUUUGCGAACGAUGCUAUUUAAAAAAAAAACUUUGAAACUAAUUAGAAAUCUUUUUAUGUUCUAUAUCGGGAGUGUAAUAAUUGGCUUUAUUAAGUAUGUUUA